AUGCAAGAGUGUGAGAUAGGGUUCUUUGGAAUCUUAUUUUCAUUUAUUGUCAUUGAGACCAACCUCAGCGGAGCCCAAUCUAGAAGAUGCUUCUGCCCUACUGUUAUUCUUGAUAUGCAGUUAUCUGCAAUCAUGUCUAGUUUUGUUACUGGUAACCGAGCUGAUGAAGAGACGAUUGAUCGGUUGAUAGAGACUGGAAAUAGCAAACAAAUAUUCCAGAAAGCCAUUCAGGAACAAGGGCAUGGCCAGUUAAAAUCAUUUCCUUCUGAUUGCAGGAGGCCGGAAGAGAGAGAGAGAGACGGCGGGCGAGGGGCAAGGGGGGGCGGCCGGAAAGAGAGAGUCUAUGGAAAAAGGGAGAAAGAGAGAAGGGGGAGGGGGGCCGCAGGCGUCAGGGGGGGCGGCCGCCCCCCUUGCCCCCCCUCUCCCUCCGGCCCUGCCCUUGCAGAAAUCCAGGAGCGGCAUGAUGCUGUUAAAGAAAUAGAGAGAAAGCUUCUCGAGCUUCAGCAGAUUUUUGUUGACAUGGCUGUGUUGGUUGAGGCACAAGGUGACAUGCUGGAUAACAUUGAAUCUCAGGUUUCUAGUGCUGUGAACUAUGUACAGACCGGUUCAGCUGCUCUUCAGAAAGCAAAGAAACUACGGAAGAACUCGUGCAAGUGGAUGUGCAUAGCCAUAUUUAUCCUACUGGCAAUAGUUGUCAUCAUUGUUGUUGCUGUGCUUAAACCAUGGAGCAAGAAUUGAUAGGAUGUGUUCUGUGUAACUUACCGUGGUCGAAUAUGUCUGUGGCACUGUUUCAUACUCGAGUUCAAAUUGUUCUAUUUUUU